AUGCCAACAUUUCGGCCAAAGAAAGUACUUAUUUUGAGCAAGACUACCCGAUUUGAAUUUGAGAAGCGUUUGCAUAAUAUCGGCGAUGACAAGGAACUGGAAAACCUUUUGAGACGUCGAGGUUCUGACUAUCAUUUGUUGUUUUCGAAGCAUCAGAGCCACUAUGACUAUCUGAAGACUAUUCAGUCUGAACUUGAGUAG